UACACUGACCGCCUGACCGGUACGAAAGUUUGACCUUUUUUCUAAAUCUUAGAUUUUCUUGGCUUCCACAAAUGGCCUGCAUCAUAUUCAUAGCUCGCGGAUUUGACGCACAAUGGUCAUCCACUCAUUAUGAUUAGGUGUCGAUCACGGGAUCGUGUUGCCGGUAUCCUCCCUCGAGCCAUGUUCUUGUGCAUGGUACAUGCUGGCCGGAUAUUGCAUUUGUUCACGUACUGUAUAGGAUAAAUUCACGUGCUUGAUAUAUCAUAUUCCAUAUUCCGGCCCCUAACGGGCGGAUUGUGUUCAAAAUCUGGUAUUUUAGCUUACGUGCGCAUUAUGUCACACCGUAAUACAUACAUAUAUGGGACGUCGGAGCUGUUGUUAAUAUCAAUGGUCCAGCAUUUCGUCGUCACUUGUACAUCUGUAUGUAUCCACGAUCCAGUAGAUGAUGGAUGCACUUGUUAUAAUUUUCAGCAAAUUUUUCCGCUGCGCCACAUUCAUGCUGCCAAACUCACUGCUUAAUUACACCCGUCUAAAUAUAUUAUAUUCUCAUUUAUUUCCGGCGCUAAUGCAGAGUGCUUAAUGUUGCACAUCUUUGCACCCCAUUCGGCACAACUCAACAAGUAUGCACUACUGGACAACGCCGGAAUGGAGCUGUCAGGACGAGUGUCAAGAGGAACGUGCCGGGUCGUUGACGCCGUGAAGAUGACAUAACUAAUAACCACUACACAACCAGCACAGGAACAUCUCGCAUUGUAUUUGUUUUUUCCCUUGCGGGUUGCGUAUGUGUGCGAGUUUUUCAAAACUUAAGCACGUAUGUCUAUGUAUUUUGCAAAAGUUACUACAGAGUGCAGACCUGUUACAUUUUGAGCCAGUUACAUUUUUUACACUUUUAAUUUGUAUUUUCAAAACUGCAUGACAGCAAUCGUACAGCACUGCCGAUGCAAUAUAGCGCUGUACAAAAGAUUACUGGUUUGCGUUGAGUUUUUUAUGUCCAGUUCUGGGUAACGGGAGCCGGCGGAAACUAGUGAGAAAUUACAUAUAAUAAUUCCGGACUGGCGCUGGUGCGACAGCCAGCGACAGUGCGGUAUAAUAUUAUUGCAUAAGAAUACGAUUGUUGAAAGGGAUGUGGGAGCGAAUGUCAAGUAUAGCUAAGGAGUCGGGCAGCCAAUCAACCGGAUGCGUAUUACACAGCUGAGCGGCGCCCGUCUUCCCUGCGCUCUCCGCCUAACACGCACCCAUCGCAUAUAUCCCGGUCCGACUGCGCAUUAGCAUCUCAUCUGCUGCGGAAAUCACAGCGCCGGGCUAAGAUGCGGAAACGGAGCAGAUUGCGGAAGCCAAAGCCAUCAGGCAGCGAUGCAAGCCAGGCAAAACACGCAAAUGGUAGAAGCAACGCUAGCUGCGGCUUAGGAUACCAUUAACGCCAAUCCCCGAUUACGGAAUGCUUUUUCGCUAUAAGGAUCAGCUGUACACUGGACCCGCCCCUGUAUGCACUGUGCCAAUGAGGAAAAGCAUCGAUGGCAUUGACUAUUCACUGAAAAUGCAGUUGCACUCGCUGACGCUAAAUCCCGGCCAAUUCACUUGUCACGCCGCAGUACAUACAAGCGUUAAGCGGCAAGUGUCUCUUUUUUUGUCGCUGGAGAACAGAUGUAAGUUUGUCCAGCUGCCGUCGUUCCUUCCAUCGGCGGCGACGUUGGAGUGUGUGGUGAAACAUGCGCUGCACGGGAUUGUUAUGACAACAUAAUCUGCCGGCUGGCAACACACUGCCGGUUGCGCGAUGAUUUGACGUUUGAGCAUGAACUGCAACGACAGUUGUGUGGAUGCGGAAGAAUGGGACACCGCCGGCUACUGGUACUUCUUCGACCCUUUCCACCUGGCUUUCACCGGACUACUCAUCGUGGCGCUGCAGACGGUGAUGUGCCUGGCCGUGGUCGGUUGUCGGCUGCGGCGUUUUAAGGAAGUAGCCGGUGGGAUCACCUUCUGCGCGGUCGCCGGCACCACAUUCGCUUUCUCUCAGCAUUAUUAUCUGCGGCAAAUCCUCCUGACGAGCUUCGUCUGUCUGUGGGCCAUCCGGCUGGCCGCUUAUCUGUGCUACCGGCAAACGGUGUUGGAAGAAGAGCAGCGUGAUAUGCUGGUCCAGUUGCAAGCGACGACGGUGAUCGGCAAGGAAGACGACCAGCCGCCUUCAUUUUCAGCGCAGCGGAAGUGGGCGCGGCUUCUGGUAUUCUGGACAUUCCAGGCGUUUUGGGCUUUCAUCGUUAGCAUUCCCUUAGUUUUGAGCAAUUCCCCGGUGAUGGAUCACCUUCAUGUGGCGGGGAUGCCGGCGGACCAGCCGCUGUACGUCACCGAUCUGGACAUUAUGGGCAUCGUCAUGUGGGCGGUCGGCUUCCUCAUCGAGUUCUGCGCCGAUUGUCAGAAGUUCCGCUUCCGCCGGAAGCCCAGCAACGAGGACAAAUUCUGUGAUGACGGUCUGUGGACAUGGUCGCGACAUCCGAAUUACUUCGGGGAGCUGCUACAGUGGUGGGGCAUCUUCGUGAUGUACAGUCAGCUGAUCAGCGAGCGCCGGCGCUGGAUGUGGUUGGGCUUGUGCAGUCCGUUGGCCGUCAGCGGUGCCAUUCUCUUCCUCAGCGGGAUGCCACCGCAGGAGCAGAGCGCCCACCUCCGUUACGGCCAUGAUGAAGACUACCAGGACUACAAAUACUCGACCAGUCCACUGGUUCCCAUGCCGCCCGAGCUGUAUGUCAAAUUCCCGCGUUUUGUGCAAAUGUGCUGCCUGUUUGAACUGCCUCUCUACGACUUCUUGGCCAAAAAGCCCAAAACUGAUAGCCAGCCGGCCAAACCGGCGCGACGCUUGGAGAUGCCCUACUGAAGCCGAAAUAACGGACAAUCUCCAUCAACUCAGAACCCAGUAUUAUAAUACUUCGCAAUAAAUGGGGAAAACUUUGUAUUAAUAACCAGCAAUGCAAUGUAUUUUCUGAUGGCUGAUAAAAUCCACUGUGACGCUAAUGAUAAAAACUAUGCAGCGGCAGUCGGGUGUAAAUAAACAAUGUGGUGAAAUUAUUGAAAGACAGCAGUUUACAUUUCGGUCUUGGGUCGUUUGUCCACCCACUCCUUGAUGCCGGGCAGAUUAUGGACGCGCUCGCCGUGCGCCUUCAACUGCGGGAAGUUGUCUAACACAGUGGGGUAGAACUUCUGGAUGGUGAAGAAGAAUGACGCGAUGCUAAAGUCGGCGAAGCUGGGUCCGGAGGCGGCGAAAAAGUGGCCCUCGCUGUGGCUGGCGGCCAGUUGGCGCUGCAGAUUGACCAGGUGCUGCUGCAGAUCCUCGGCGAAAAACUUCUCCCGCAGACGCGCCUGCUUCUCCUUGUCUUCCUCGCGCCACCAGAUGGCCAUUGCGGCCUGGAUGUCUGAGAGAAGAAAUCGCAUUACGGAGUGCGCUCGCACCAAUAACUUACGAGGAAUUCUGUACCUUUCUGGUAGUCGAUGAUAGCAUCCACCUGGGCCUGCUCGAACUCAUCCUUCCCGGCGAGACCGUACCGCUUGGCCAGCAGACGAGCAA